CCAACAGCACCAAGCCAGGAUCUGUCCCAUCCAGAGCCAGAAGCCAUAGCAUCCUCUGAAACAGCUCUAAUUUCUCCUGCCCGCCCACCUGCUCUUGCAUGGUGUUGCAGAGAUCCAGCAUGUUGCCUCUCAGGGUGGUGGGACUUCUCGUGCUGAUGCUUUCGCAGAGUGAUGCUGAUAGCACCUGUGAACCUGAGGAAAAAGGUCUCACCCUGAAUCCUCCUGAGAUUGUGGUAGAAUAUGGACAACCAGUCGAAGUCAACUGCAGUACCCCAACUGAGGACUAUGAGCUAAUGCAGUGGAUUACUGGAAAUAUCACGUCGAACAAAGAAGUCAAAGAUGACACAUCACUUGUCACCUUGAUGAUACCAGAGAUGUUAGACUGGGAUGCACACCUUCAGUGUAAAAUCAGUUUAAGUGGAUCUCAUGAAUGCAGGAAAGAUCUCCUGCCCACUGUAUACAAGAAUCCAGAGGGUGCCAUAAUAUUUGCAGUCAGCUAUGCUCCUUUCAUCGAGGAGGGGACACAGUACGAGCUACAGUGUGACAUUAUCAAUGUUGCCCCUGUGCAAAACCUCAUUAUGAAGUGGUACCGAGGCAACCAAACUAUCCUGACAGACAGGAGGAGCCACAACACAACCAAAAUACCAGUGAGCACAUCUUCUAAUCUGAUGAUCAAUGCCACCAGAGAAGAAAAUGGAAUCCAGUUUAGAUGUGAAGCUCAGCUGGACUUUGGAGCAGAGGGACCACAAACUCCUGUUAUUUCAUCUGAUCCAUUAAUGCUUAAUGUGCACUAUAAGCCAGUGGUUCAGUGCCAAAGCAAUUUCACCUGUACAGAACAUGAUUGGCACUUGAACAUGACAGAGCACUUGCCCUGUGAAGUUGAUUGGAACCCCUCUGGUAGUAUUACAUGGUACCACCAAGGAAAACUAGUUAAUCACUCAAUGCCCUUGACCAGGAUGGAUUCAGGAGAGUAUGACUACGUAGCCACCAAUAACCUUGGUAGCUUCCGUGCUACUAUUAAUAUCAUCAUUGAAUAUGCUCCUGAGUUCUUAAAUCCAAACAAAAAUCUCCAGCUGGCUAUGGGCAUGGAUCUGCACGAAGACUGUGAUGUUGAUGGGCAGCCUGUCCCUGAGGUCCAGUGGGCCUAUGAUGCUGAAGGGCUGAAUAAGGUGAACACUAUGGAGAACCAGAGCAUUCUUUCAAUUAGAGGACUGAACACCAGCACAACCUUCUACUGCAUAGCCACUAAUAAACUGGGGAAUGCAAGUAUGAUGGUCCAUGUGGAAGUGAUAAUACCCUCAGCAGCAACCACAGAGCAGCCGGCAGCAGCCAUGCCCAAUCCAAUGACAGAUGCGCCAAAAGAUCGGUGCCCUCUUCAGCUAAUGCCAGCCAGACUAGUGGUGCAAUAUGGAGAUCCAGCUUCAGUCAACUGCAGCACAUCAUCCACAGAUCCAGCAGGAAUGGGCUGGGAGGCCAGAAAGGGAGGCACAGGCUUUCACGAUGAAGCACGCUUUGUCUUAUGGAAAGUAGAAGAGUUGAAGGACUGGACCUUAGAGCCUUUAUGCUACAUUACUCUCUUUGAUAAUGAGCAGUGCAAAAAGAGGGCAUCAGUUACUCUUUAUAAGAAUCCAGAUGAUGUGUCAGUCUCUCUAUUGGAGCAAGGUCCAAUGAAGGAGGGCUCAGAGUACCAUCUGCAGUGUAACAUCACCAGUGUGGCUCCCGUGCAGAACCUCACUGUGAGUUGGCACAAAGGCAAUGAAGUUUUGAAGACAGAAUCAUUCAAUAAUACCGAAAGGACCCCAGAAGAUGUGGCUUCUUUCUUGAGCUUUACUCCAAGGAGCCAUGACAACGGAGUAAACCUUGAAUGCCGGGCUCAGCUGUCCUUUGGAUUAGAGACUCUCCCUCCAUCUGUCUCAGCAGAGUACAGUGCUGAGGUGUACUAUAAGCCAUUUUUUGAGGAUUGUCCGCAUCAUUACACCGGGGUGGAGCAACGUUUUAAUCUAAGCAUGGUGCCCUGUCAAGUUCAUGGGAACCCUCCAUCCAACAUUCAAUGGCAUUAUUAUGGCGCACCGUUCAAUGCCUCUGUGACGCUUACCAGGAUACACUCUGGAACAUUUAUACUUGAAGCCGUAAAUACCAUGGGCACGGACACCACCUCCAUUAACAUCAAAGUGGAAUAUCGCCCUGAAUUUAACUGCAGCGAUCACUAUGAGGUCAAAGAGAAUGAUGUGCAUCAAAAUCCAUGUAAACCUGAAGGAGAACCUGAACCUAGCAUGAUCUGGCUUAAAGAUGGAAAAGAGAUGUCUUUCCCAGAGGGGCUGACAAGGCGGAAUAGUGGACAAUACACAUUGAGAGCAAGAAACGAACAUGGAGAAGCAUAUCGCAGUCUAAGUGUUGAUGUUUUGUAUGCCCCUGAGUUUGAGCAGGGAAAUUGCACUAAGGAAAUAACCAGUGGUGAUGAUGUGACUCUGAACUGCAGCACUGAAGGCAACCCCUCUCCUGUGCUCCAGUGGACCUUCAUCUCUGCAGAUGGUCUGACGAGGACCACUAGAGGGAACCAGAGUAGUAUUAACAUCAUAAGAGCCACGUCUACCAGCGCUGGGAUUUACAUCUGUGUUGCCACGAAUAAAGUUGGGAGAGUGACAAGAUUCACCACACUGAUCAUGAAAGAGAAAUCUUAUGCACUCUACGUGGUGUCAGCAGUAGUUCUCCUGUUUCUCGUGGUGCUCCUGAUCUUGUGGUACCACCGCAAAAGAAGCAGAUAUAGGCAGUAUGAUGUUGCCAAUGCCAGCAAUAAUGGUUCAGAUAUCCCUAUGACUACACAGCAUACUGAACCUUCAUCACAUGCUAAAUAGAAAAGGUGAAGUGAGCCUUGGGACUGUUUAUUCAUUUGAAGCACAAGGUUUACAUUUGACUUGAGCUUGGACUUUUGACAGACAGCAUAGUUUUGUACUUUUGUCAUUUGUGAUGCAAAACCAGAAACACCUCUUGGCAGAAGCUAAAUAAAAAUAUGGUGGUAUUAUAAGAGAGAAUUGGCAUUGGCCUGUUACUACUGUAAAGUGUUAUCUGGACUUGAGAGCCAAGGCAAAUCCUGUGCAAUGUACAGUAUGUAGAGAUGAAAAGUCCUUUGCCUUCAAGUAAACAAAAAUCGGCAAAGACUUGUUUAGCACUGGUACAAGGUUGAUGAACUGUGGUUGUAACUUCAUGUACAUUUAAUUUUUAUCUAGUCUUUGCAAUGUUCAAUCACUGACCUUAGCAUUUCUUAUUUUGAUUUUAAUUCAUUUUUAAAUUAAUCAGUGACUAUUUACGUGGUUCAAAAAUGAAGACUGAGUAGCCUGCAAGGUAGAGGGAAAUGCAGACUUUUUUUUCUAGUAUGAGUUAGGGGCAGUAAUUUAAAUAU